AAGCUUUUUGAUUUUUGUGUAGGGAAGGACUGUCCUAUGUUCCUGCAGGGAGAUAUAAACUGUGUAAGCUCAGAGGAAAUGGAUAGACUUCGUAUGCAGGGAGCAGUUAGAAGUACGGGGGUGUCCCCAUUGGCUAAAAUCUGCACAGAGUUCGGAUGGAAGGAUAUUUGGAGGAUGCAAAAUCCGGAAGCUAGAAAGUAUUCUUGCUGGAAUAAAACCAGCCGAACUCUGUCCAGAAUAGAUACAUGUAUUGGUAAUCCCCAAAGCUGGGAUAAAAUAAGCCAGAUUCCUUAUCUCACUCGCUGCCUGUCUGACCACGCAGCGAUAGAGAUAAAUAUUAUUACGGGAGGGUUGCCCUUGGAGGGUUUGUUAAAAAUUAACGCACACUGGUUUACACUUAUAGAUAAUGGAGGGAUAUUAAAGAGUCUUGUAGAGUACUUUAGGAACAACUGGGGGACAGCGAGUGACCAGAUGGUAUGGGAAGCGGGGAAGGCGUUCCUCAGGGGAGAGUUAAUAAGAGCAAUUAAAAGAAAGAAGCGGGAGUUUAGGAGUAGGGAGGAAGAGCUGAGGAAGAAUUGUUUGAAGACAGAAGAACAACAAGUACGGAACCCCACGGAGGAAGAUCCAUGUAUCCUGUGGACUAUUUCGGAUUUGGUGGACUGCUUCAAUGACCAGCGUCUUUUUUAAACCUGUUUAAUGUUAAUGAGAGUGUUUUUUGGAAUAAAAUUUUUUGAAACGUG